AGCUGCUUUGACGAAACAUCUUGAUCGUGCAGUUCUCCAGCCAAUGAGUUUCUACUCCAGUGAAAAGAGUAGCGUAGCUCCCUGACACUCAAAUGAGAACCCCAACGACCGUGAUCGUCAUUGCGGUGGCGAUCGCCAACUUCACAUCGGCAAAGGAGGUUGCCAUAAAUACAACAUUAAAAGGAGAGCUCUUCGACAGUGGCGUGCGACACGAGCAGAUCCUGGCACUCAAGACUCAAAUAUGGGAGGAGUUGAGGCUGCAGGGCGUCUACGACUCCACCCAGUACAAGAGUUUCGACCGGAAGAAGGACUACGUAGCCUGCACAGACGGUGUUGCGGCGUACAUCCCCGGCGACCCCAAGUACACCUUCAGGUGCAGCAAUCUGGAUCUGUACGACUUCAAGACCCACGCCGAACUGGGCAUUUCCUCCGGCAGGGGGGCAGGCUCAUGGGGAUGGACGAGCCCAAGGGGACGGGAAUUCAUCGCCAUCGCGCAGGAAGACGGCACGGCGUUCGCCGAGGUCACCAGCAAGGGCAAGCUUGCCUACCUCGGCCGGCUUCCGCAGUACACCACUGCCCCCAUAUCGCUAUGGCGGGAGAUCAAGGGGUACAAGAGCUACAUCGUCAUUGGCAGCGAGGCCGUGGACCACGGUAUCCAGAUCUUCGACCUGAGGAAGCUUCUCGACGUUGAUCCGGCGCGCCCAGUGGUCUUCAGCAACGAGCAUGAUCUGGAUGGGUUUUGGACAGAGGGGCUGCCCCUGGGCCGCUCGCAUAACGUCGUCACCAACGAGGAGAAGAACUACGGGGUGGCGACUGGGUUUCAGCCUCGCAAUGGGACGCUCCGUGCGGGUCUGGUGUUUUUCGACUUGACUGACGUGUCAAAUCCCAAGACCUUGGGUGGCACUGGCGAGGAUGGCUACGUCCAUGAUGCCCAGUGCAUCGUGUAUCGCGGUCCUGAUUCCAAGUACUACGGACGGGAUAUUUGCUACGGCUAUGACGAGGACUCGUUGACAAUCUUCGAUGUCGCCGACAAGCAGAACAUCACUAUUAUCUCUAACACGUCGUACGAAGGAGUUAGUUUCACGCACCAAGGCUGGGUUCUCGACCCCCGCUGGCAGCAAUAUCUCAUCCUGGAUGACGAAUACGACGAGUACGAUCAGACCGGCCUGGCAGCCGACGGCUAUCCUAUCUCGUACAUCUGGGACAUCAGCUCGCUUGAGGCUCCCAAGCAGACAGGGCACUACAAAGGUCUCAGGAAAGGCAUUGACCACAACCAGUUUGUCAAGGACGGGUUCUCGUACCAAAGCAACUACGCCCUGGGCAUCAGCAUUCUGGAUCUCAGGUCUGUUCCCUCUGACCCGACGGGCGGGGGGAUCAGGGAGGUCGCUUAUUUUGACAUCCAUCCCGAGGAUGACCAUCUGGAAGGCGGUGGCAAUGUGACGUUUACGGGGACUUGGAGUCAUUACCCAUUCUUUCCCAGUGGAUAUAUCGUGAUCAACACCAUGGACCGCGGUGCUUUUGUUGUGAAACGCUCCCACAAGCCGUGGUGGCGACAGUGGGAUUAA